CCGACCUGAGGGCAGCGCCUCGGGCCGCGUGUGCGCCCCUCUAGUCCCUCUCAUCCGCGGCCCCCACGCCGUGUACUACCGAGCCCGCCACGCACACAGCCAUGGUGGGUCGGCUGAGCCUGCAGGAUGUGCCCGAGCUCGUGGACACGAAGAAGAAGGGCGACGGCGUCCUAGACAGCCCGGAUUCGGGGCUGCCCCUCAGCCCCAGCCACUGGGGGCUGGCGGCGGCCGGGGAUGGCGCUGGCGGCGGGGAGCGCGCGCCGGCCCCCGGAAUGCAGGAGCCCGAUGCGGUGGUGACCCCAGCGGCCCCGAACCCAGCCUCUCUCCCCAACACCCUGGCUGUAAGCUGCUCACCAAAGCUGUGCCCCCUGUCCUUUGGCGAAGGUGUGGAGUUUGACCCCUUACCAUCAAUAGAAGUAAGGUACACUUCCUCAAUCAAGUAUGACUCGGAGCGACACUUCAUUGAUGAUGUGCAGCUGCCCCUGGGCCUGGCAGUGGCCUCCUGCAGCCUCACCUGCAUCCCCAAUGGCACAGGGCGCAACUACAAGGCUGAGGUGCGCUUUGAGCACCGCCCCAAGCCCACACGCUUCCUAAGCACCAUCAUUGUCUACCCGAAGUACCCCAAGACCAUCUACACCACCACCCUGGAUUACAACUGCCACAAAUGCGUGGAGCUUGAGCCCACAGAGUUCCUGGGCAGCGAUUGCCUCUCGAAUGAAUGCUGACUCAGAAGGAGGGCUUGGGGUUGAGCCAGCUUCUCAGCUGACUUGGUCCCCAGACCACCCUGGGCAAGUUUUGGGCGACAUUGCCCUUGCUUAUCAUUCUAGCUCCAGAGUCGGGCCUGGGGAUACCUCUAAGCCCAGCCUGGGGAAAAAGUCACUGCAUCUUGCAAUUAUUGAGAUAUUCGGUUUUGUUUUUUAAUUUUCAAAUUAUCUUUAAAAGGAAUAUAUUUCCUGGUUUGCUGCUUUAAAAGGAGUAUAUUUCCAGACUUUCCCGAAAGUCUCGAUUUGAUGAGAAAAUAAGAGCAAAAGAACAAUGGCAACCCUUUGAACCAGGGAGGGCGGAGGACGGCUCUUGCUCCACUGUCAAGUGUGUCUGAAAAAAAAAAGCUUGGAAAAGUCCCUGGGACAGAAAAAGUGAGCUUUAAGACCUUCCAGCCACAGGUGCCUUCCCAGCAGGGAAAAGUGUAGCUGUUUCAAUAGAUUGUGAUGCCCAUA